AUGCGUUUCGCAUCUGCCCUUCUUUUCAUCGCCAGCGCGGCCUCUGCGCUCGCCGCUCCCUUUGCCAAUGCCACUCGAGCAACGACUCGUGGUUGCGCAAACACGGUUACUCCCGCACAAGCUGCUGCCAUUGAAGCCCAAUUCGCCAACGACUUCGCCAAUGCCGGUCUCGUCGAUUCCGAUUUUGCUGGAUCCACCCAACGUGCCGGAAACAUCCAAGUUUAUUGGCACGUUAUUUACAAGACCACCUCGGUCUCCGGCGGAUACAUCUCCGACUCGGCAAUUGCCUCCUCCAUCAGCGCGAUGAAUUCUCACUACUCUGGUAGCGGAUUCUCAUUCACCCUUGCCGGCACGACCCGCACCUUGAAUGCCAAUUGGUUCAACUAUGCAAACUAUGGCAACAGCUACCAGACCGCUAUGAAGAAAGCUCUCCACACUGGUGGUGCCAACGUCCUCAACGUUUAUACCGUCGGCUUCACUGAUGGUACGCUCGGGUAUGCAACCUUCCCCUGGUCGUACAGCGGAAACCCAGUCGAUGAUGGCGUCGUCAUCCUCUACUCGACAUAUCCUGGUGGCAGCACCAGUGGCUAUAACCAAGGCAAGACCCUCACCCACGAAGUGGGCCAUUGGCUCGGGCUCUAUCACGUUUUCCAAGGCGGAUGCUCAGGCAGUGGUGACUACGUCUCUGACACUCCACCGCAAUCUAAGGCCACUUCGGGAUGCCCCAGUUCACAAGACUCGUGCUCUGGCGGAGGUGUAGAUUCGAUCCACAACUACAUGGACUACAGCACCGAUCCAUGCAUGAAUCAGUUUACUGCUGGUCAGAUCACCCGUGCCACCUCCCAGUCCGCCACCUAUCGCGGUAUCUGA